AUGGACCGCGCUGCACCAGCUGGAUCCGCGCCUGCUUCCAAGCCGGCGCGCGACUUAAGCAACCUCAAAUUCAAUAAGAAGACCCUCCCUCCCCCGCCGACGAAUGUCCAACGCCCACCGAAACGCCCGCUGUCCCCCACGUCCUCACACGCCCCACCACCUGCGCUUCCAGCCGAACAGCCUGCCGAACGGCGUUCGAAACCACCGGGGCCGCUGAAGAAGCUCCCGCUCGACUUCCAGCCCAAGCUCGCCACCCUGUGGGGGGACAACCACGCCCUCGUCUGCGUCAACACGGACUAUGCGCCUGGCGACCCCACGCUUCUCGGCCCCGAGUCCGUCUACACUUGCGACGACGGCAACUGGGGUUGGCACGAUCCCGGCCGUCAGCCUCAAUUUUUGGACCCCGCCGCACUGUAUCUCGCCUUCACGCCGGUGCCCGACUCAGCCGAUUCCGACAUGACGCGCCUACCGGAGUUCCGCGAGCCGCGCAAGGAAGAUACGGUCCGUGGCACCAACGCCAAGGGGCGCGCGCAGGACAAUGUCUUCAUCAGCCGCGACGAGGUGCACAAGGAACUGGAGGAGCGGGCGAAGACGCUGGAAAAACUCUUCCGCUUCGCCGUUGGCUUAUUCCACGAAGCGAUGGCGAAAACGGAGCACGGGAAAACGACCGUCCAGCACCGCGUCGCGGCGGAGAUCAGGCCGCCUUACGCUGCCUCGAGCAUCAUGAGGCGUACGUGGGGAACGCUGCGUUGGGGAGAGCUACAGUCGUGGGCCGAUUAUAUGGUCUGCGCUCGCAUGCACCAGCGCUCCUCCGCGUUCGUCACCGCAUACAUCGACUUCAUGGCCGCUUUCCUUCCGAGGGAGCAGGCGAAGAUGCUUCGCCUCCGCAUCCCACGUCGCGCGAAGACUUCUCGGCGGGGCGUCAUUGUCAGCGGCACGCAGAUCGACACUUACCUCCGAUUUCUGGUGCAUCUCAGUGUCCCCGUCUACGCGCUCGUCGAUCUCAACGAGUACUCGUUGCCGGAUGGGAUACUGUACGAGCACAUGCCCCCGCGCUGCAGUGUCGUACCAUCCAUCCCGUUCACCGACAUUCGUCAGAAAGACCUACCUUUACCUUGGUAUCCGCCGCAAGGUAUCGACUGGCGCCACAUCGAGUUCGUUGCCUUCCAUGGUGUCCCGAUCCCGGGUAGUGCGAUGCGGAUGUCGGAUAGGAAGGAGGCGGACUUGGCCAGGAUGCAGGGUAAAGCAAGAGCCGCCAAGAAGCAGAAGGUCGAGGGUAAACUCAAGGAAGCAGACUUCCGCGAGCAUCACCCUGGCGUGGACAUCUCCGCCGAGCGGUAUAAGCUCUUCGCCGACCGUGCUCCGGCGUUGAACCGAUUCUACGACUUGAAGCAAGGCCUCCGCGAUAUGGAUAUACCGCAAGCGCGGACCGCAUUCCUCAGCGUCGAAGCGAAGGCGCUCGAGCACGUCGACCUCCUCGACAAGUAUGUGAAGCCUCCAGACGGCGAAUUUCGGGACAAGAAAGAGCUCAAGGCGAAGAGAGGGGAUGGGACGCUGGGGACCUGGACACCGCCUAUGUCUGUCCUCUACCGGGCGAAGACGCACGACACGAUGAUCGAGCAUCUCCUGUAUGCGACCUGGUUGGCCCCCACUUUCCUGGCGCGCGUGCGGUUGGCGCGCAACCAGAAGGACAAGAACUUUCGUCGGCUGAGGCCAAACGAAUGGAGGGACGUCCUAUCGACGCAGGCAUGGCAGCGGCGAUGGUGA